AUGACUACAGAAGCAGUGGGCAGCCAAGACUGUCCUGAGCAAAAUGAAUCACCCGCUACUCUUAAGCAUGGCGGGUCAUAUCUGAUCCCACUGAAGACUACGUUAGAGACGGACACAGUGGACAAAGUGAUCAGUGUCUUCAUCACAGCAGUCCCGAUAAAAAAGGCUAGCUCUACCUUGAAUCUAAUUCGAAACCUCCUUCCAAAAGAUGGCGGGUUCGACCUCCAGCACCUCCGCAGAUUCGCCAAACUCGCCGCCGUGCCCACACAUGUGCGGGAUUCCUACGCUUCGAUAGCCCGGCCUUCAGAUUCCUCCUCCCCGGAAGACGAGAUACUCCUCGUACUAGCUCCAACCUCCGUAGUAUCGCAGAAGUUUCUAGUCGAGUCACUAGCGGUGCUACUACUCGACGAGGUCCCGAUAGCUACGAUUGAAGUCCCGCUUCUCGCGCCUACAUCACAGGAACAAGCUACGGGCUGGACAGCUAAAUACUGGCCGACGAUAUACAAAAAGAGUAACCCAUUUGGCCCGCACCCCAGCAUAGUCUCCAGAGCUGAGGAGGAGAUUCGUGGGGAUAUGGAUAAGUGGAUGGAAUUAGCUAGGGAAACGGCACGAGCUGCAAAGUCAGUGGGUGCUGGAGAAGCUGUUGGUGUUGUCAUUGUCGAGAGAGUGAAUGGGGCUGCGAGGCCGAUUGCUAUUGCCGGGGAUGCUAGGUGGUUAGAUUGGCUGAGGGAGGAAGACGGAGGGGGUCAGGGAAACGUCACGGCUCAUGCUACAAUGAGGGCUAUUGCAAUGGUUGCGGGGCAACUACGUCGAGCGGACCAAGAAAACAGCGAACAAGGUGCAGUUCCAGAAACCCCAGCUGGGGAGGAUAUUUUCCGCGAGCUGCCUAUACUGCCAAUUGAACAAACUGCCGUUCAGGAGCCGGCAAAUACCGAUGGAUAUCUAUGUCAUGGUCUAGAGAUUUACUGCACGCACGAACCUUGCGUCAUGUGCUCUAUGGCAAUUGUACAUUCCAGAUUCGCAAAGGUUGUAUUUGAGCAGCGGAUGCAGGCUACGGGUGGUCUUUGUGCUGAUGGCGAGCUACGCCAUGGCUUGUUCUGGCGGAAGGAAUUGAAUUGGACGCUUUUGGCUUGGCAGUGGUGUUGUGGUUCUCAAAGGGAAGAUGGGAAUUUGGAGGUUGCGAGGGAGUUGAAUGCUUGA